AAGCAGUUGACGUCAUACGCCUCUGCGUCUAUUUUUAGGAUGCUUUUUCUGAGCUAGUCUAAGGCUGGAGGCGCCAUCUUGAAAGACGAAAUUUGUUCAGAAAAAAGGCCUAAAGGUUAAAAGCAGCAAGAUGUUGUACCUGGAGGACUACCUGGAGAUGAUCGAGCAGCUUCCCAUGGACCUCCGCGACAGGUUUACGGAAAUGAGGGAGAUGGACCUGCAGGUUCAGAACGCCACAGAUCAGCUGGAGCAGAAGGUGACGGAGUUUUUCAUUAACGCUAAGAAGAACAAACCUGAGUGGAGAGAGGAGCAGAUGGAGAUCAUCAAAAAGGAUUAUUACAAAGCUUUGGAAGAUGCUGACGAGAAGGUCCAGCUGGCCAAUCAGAUUUAUGAUCUGGUGGACCGGCACCUGCGGAAACUGGACCAGGAGCUGGCCAAGUUUAAGAUGGAGCUGGAGGCGGACAAUGCCGGCAUCACGGAGAUCCUGGAGAGAAGAUCUCUAGAGAUGGACAGCCCGUCUCAGCCCAUCAACAACCAUCAUGUCCACUCCCACAGCAGCUCUGAGAAGAGGAAGUACAGCGCUCCGACCCACCACACCACAGAACACGUUCCAGAGAAGAAGUUCAAGUCUGAAGCUCUACUGUCCACCCUCACUUCAGACGCCUCCAAGGAGAACACACCAGGCUGCCGUACCAACAGCACGCCUUCGUCCACCAACAACGCGUACAGCGUCAACUCCUCCCAGUCUCUGGCCUCCUACAGCCUGAGCUCUCUACCUGCGGGGCCCGGUGCCGGAGCCGGGGCCAUCACCAUGGCUGCUGCUCAGGCCGUCCAGGCCACGGCUCAGAUGAAGGAGGGCAGACGGACCUCCAGCCUCAAAGCGAGCUACGAGGCCAUCAAAAACAACGACUUCCAGCUGGGCCGGGAAUUCUCCCUGUCCCGGGAUAACACGGGAUUCUCUUCCUCGGCUCUCGCCUCCACACUCAGCCAGACCCUCACCCCCACCACCGCCUCCGACUCCAGGGGCCGCAAGUCCAAGAGCAGCAUCAAGUCUUCCAAUCACCAGUCGUCCUCCUCAUCCUCCUCUUCGUCCCUGUCUUCCUGCUCCUCCUCAUCGGCGCUGGCUCAGGAGCUUUCCCAGCAAGCGGCGGUUCUGCCUGAAGCUGACGCCAACAACCAGGUGGACUGGACCUAUGACCCUAACGAGCCCCGUUACUGCAUCUGUAACCAGGUUUCUUACGGAGAGAUGGUCGGCUGUGACAACACGGAUUGUCCCAUAGAGUGGUUCCACUACGGCUGCGUGGGCCUGACCGAGGCGCCCAAAGGGAAAUGGUUCUGUCCACAGUGCACGGCUGCCAUGAAGAGGAGGGGAAGCCGCCACAAAUAGACCAUCAGAGGUCAGAGGUCAACAACCAGAACCAUCUAAAGCUUCACCUCCUCCUCUUCAUUCUGUUUAAGUUCUUCCUUCAGUUUGGAUCACAUCCUGUACAGUUAGGUCAGAAAUAUUCAUACCCCUGGCAGAUUUAACCAAGACGUUGGCUCCCGAGAGCAGAUCCGAGUCAGAACUCUGGUUGGGUCAGUCAGAACAUACGUGCUGGUCAAAACUUGAACUCUGAGCUGAAACAGACGAAGAGCUUUCUGAUGUUACCAUGUCCUCUUAAUCAUCUCAGUUCUUCUGCAUCCAGAUGUUCCUGAUGUGUCCAAGUAUGAUUUAAUGUGUGUGUGUGUGUGUGUGUGUGUGUGUGUGUGAAGGCUUCAGACUGUUUAACCAGAGCUGUGACAUCAUCAGUGAUCGGUCCAGGUUUCCUCUCUGAACCUCCUGCUCUUUGUCUCAGCUCCGGUUUUUCUUCCUCCGCAGCUUGAAGCGUUUCAUCCGACGCUCUGAAGAGUCCAGGAACUGAAAUCAUUUCCCAUCAGGCCGAGCUCCCCUCUCUCCAACUACAAAAACUACAAACCCUGCUGGACUACAUCAAUGGAAGCCUGUGUAGUUCAUAUGGACAGUGCUAUGUUUUUCUGAAUGUACAGCACCUCAGCAGGUGUGUGUGUGUGUGUGUGUGUGUGUGUGUGUGUGUGUGUGUGGAGGGUAAAUAAACGGAGGAUGUUUUCUAA